UUUUCUACAUGGAAGCUUACAGAGAGGAAGCCCUCAGAGUGAAACAGAUCGCUGAGAGAAGAUUUGUGGAAAAAGAUUUCACAGGGGCUAGGAGUUAUGCGUUGAAAGCUAGGUCGUUGUUUCCUGAUUUGGAAGGUUUAUCUCAGAUGAUUGCUACGUUUGAAGUUUAUUUAGCUUCUCAGUGUAGGAGUGGUGGUCAAAUUGAUUAUUAUGCGGUACUUGGACUGAAACCGUCGGCUGGGAAAAGAGAAGUGAAGAAACAGUACAAGAAGAUGGCUGUAUUGCUUCAUCCCGACAAGAACAAAUGCAUUGGGGCUGAUGGUGCAUUCCAUCUCAUUUCUGAAGCCUGGGGUUUCUUGUCCAAUGAGUUUAAUAAAAGCACGUUUUACUACAAAAGAAAG